AUGGCAUCGAUGACCAUGACAGCCACAUUCCUCCCAGCCAUCGCUAAGCUUCCUACAACCACCUCCGGACGAAAGAUGUCCAUGGUCAAGGCCUCAACGAGCGAGAACACAACCAGCUUAGAAGUCAAGGCCAAGGAGGAAAAGAGCACCACCACAAUGAGGAGGGAUCUCAUGUUCACGGCUGCAGCUGCGGCCGUUUGCUCCUUGGCAAAGGCAGCCAUGGCUGACGAGGAGGAGCCCAAGCGAGGAACAGAAGCCGCUAAAAAGAAAUACGCUCAAGUUUGUGUCACAAUGCCUACAGCCAAGAUCUGCCGCUACUGA